CCGCGCCAGUCGAGCAGCAGCAGCGGACCGGCAGUGCAGCCAGCUCGAGCUCUUGGCGGCGGGGCGGCUGCUGCGCACGGGAGUCGGCACGGCAGUGCCCAGAGCCAGAGCGAGCGAGCGCGGCCGCAGUGCGCGCGUGCAUGGCGCGGUGGGCCGCCGCGGCGCCAUGACCAGCCGGCGCGGCCGCGGCGAGUGCGACGACGACGACGACCACCACCAGCUGCAGCAGCGCCAGCGCGGGCCCGGCGAGGCGGCGCAGAGGGCCGCGGGCGAGCGCGGCGCCCCGGCAGGCGAGGCCCGCCCCGGCCGCGCGCCUUUCUCCAGGCAGCCCGCCCAGGCCGCGGCUGGCCGCUAGCUCCGGCGCCGCACACCCAGCGCGCGCGCGCGCAUCGCGCCAGCGCGGCGACACCAGCGGACGGCGCGUCCGCCGACGACUCCGAGGCGCCACAGGCUCCAACCCAGCUGCGGGCGGCGCGCGCGCGGGCUGCGGCGGCCGCGGCGCGGCCGACGCCAGCCGAGCCCUGACCGCCAUGCGCCUCCACUGCCCUGACUCGUCGAUGGGCAUGCGGGGGUGACUGGAGUGAUGGGAUGGGGCCAGAGCCCCAUGGAGUUCGGGUAGGCCCGUCUCCAGCCCAGCUCCCCAGCCCCCUCCACCAUCAUUAUCGUCACUGCUCCUGCCAGAGACGCAGAGGGCCCCCUCGUACGCGAUGGAGGCCUCCAGCGUUCAACAGUAUAAAGAGAAGGAGCCACGCGUUCACAGGCCUUUUGCCUUCGACAAGAUGGAGGAGCUGGUGCGGGAGAUGCAAGACCCUGAGAAUGGGGUGCCCGUGCGCAGCCAAAAGCAAUUCCUUACCUCGAUCCCCUCAGCAUUCAUGGGUGAGUGUCAACGGUACCUGCUUUGUGGCGUAAGCUUAUCUAGCCAUCAAGCUCAGGAAACUACAAUAGGCUACCUGCGUGUUGCAGGUUACGAUCUCAUCGAGUGGCUGAUGGAACGGCUAAACAUUGAAGAAUCAGUAGAGGCGGUCCACAUUGCUAAUCAACUGUGCCAGUAUGGUUAUUUCUUCCCAGUAAAUGACUCCAGGACUCUUACUGUAAAGGAUGACAGCUCUUUGUACAGAUUUCAGUCACCUUAUUACUGGCCAUGGCAACAUCGAAUACCCGAUAAUAUAGAAUAUGCAAUUUACUUGACCAAACGUACUUUAAGGAAUAAGCAGCGUCAUGGUUUGGAGGAGUACGAGAUGGAGGCCUUUACUAGUUUGAAGAAAAAUCUGCAGAAUCGUUGGACUGUCAUCCAGUCACAAGCCGAGGAACAGGUGCGGCUGUCAAAAGAGCGUAAGAAAGGUGAUAAAAUAGUAGGCGAUUCUCAAGAGAGGGCUUUUUGGAGAGUAUACAGACCACCCCCAGGAUGUACAAGCAGCCUCGAGGUGGCACCGAUUCCAGCAAGAGCUCGUCCCGGUUUGCCGCGUCCACCCCGUAAGCGUACCCUCAACGAUCUCCAGCGAGAGGUGGACUUUUUACGAAACAGUUUAACACGUACGCGGGUCAAAGUUUCAGUCGCUAUCGAAAAUUUUAAAACGCACUUCGAAACAUAUAUGGAGUAUGAUCCUAUGAUGGCGCAACCUCAACCUUCCAAUCCAUGGAUCACAGAUGAUCAAACAUUUUGGCAGCUUAAUAGUUCUCUGGUUGAAGUUCCUACUGAAAAACGUGUUAAAAGAUGGGCCAUCUCGAUGGAAGAGUUAAUGUCGGAUCCAACAGGCUUGCAAGAGUUUACAAAUUAUUUGCGAAAGGAGUACAGUCACGAAAACAUAAGAUUUUGGUUAGCCGUAAAAGAUUUAAGACACAGCAAUCAGGCAUACAUAAACGAUAAAGUAAAUGAAAUUUUUAGAGAAUUUUUGGCACCUGGAGCUCCUUGUGAAAUAAACAUAGACGGUAAAACAAUGGAGCGCGUUCACCAAGAAAUGAAAAAUCCAAGCAGAUUCACCUUCGACGCUGCGGCAGAGCACGUGUAUACGCUGCUUCUUAAGAAAGACUGUUACCCGAGGUUCGUGCGUUCGGAUCACUAUCGGAAUCUUAUGGCAGCUGGCAUACAGCCUUUACAGAAAAAAAGGUUCUUCGCGUUUGGCGGGCAAGGAAAGAAAAAGAUAUCGACAAGCGUGGCCCCGGCAAGCGGUAGUCUGUCGCAGCAACAGCAGCAGCAAGGCCACGUGUCCAGCGGAAUGGGCGGCAGACGAAGAGGUAGCGACAGAAGCCUAUCCGGCUCUGCUCACGAGCUGGCCGUCUGCGGUGUGCGGGACACUGCUGCAGCGCCUCGGGUGCCUCACUCGCACAGUCAAUCCAACCUCACCGACAUCCCCUACAGGGGAGAUCUGCACUUUAAGAUACCUUCACGGCCUAGUCCGCCCAACGUUCAGGACGGAGCGGCGCAGCAGGCGGCGCCAGAGGUGGGCCGGACCAUGGACGACGUGUGCCCGUGGGACGCGGCGCCGGCGGUCGGCACGUCGGGCCGCACGCCGUCUGCCGAGUCGGAGGCCGGCGGGACGGCGGUCGGCGUGCAGCAGCGCCCGUCACGCAAGAACUCGUCGCAGCUGGACUCGUGCUCCUCGUCGUCGGACGUGAGCGUGGCCGUCGCCGAGGUCUCGGAGCGGCUGCGCAAGCAGGGCCCGCUCGUCGAGUCGUCGCCGGCUUCAAGCCAGCGCCCGGGCCCGAGACCACGCCAGCAGCAGCAGCAGCAGCCGCAGCAGCACCAGCAGCACCAGCACCACCACCAGCACCACCAAGCGCCAGCCGUGCAGCGCAACUACUCGGUCGGCUCGGCCCAGCCGGCCAGCGGGCCCGGCGCCGCACGCGUCCGGCUCGCCGAGACCGCGCGGGCGAGCGUGUCCACCUGCAACUUCCCCUCGCCCCAGCAGUCUUUCGACCUGUCCUGCCUAGCCCUAGGCCCGGCCGAGCUGCUCGCUGCCAGCGCCCAGCAGCAGCCCGUCGCGCUCGCCGUCGAGUCGUCCCGAGCAACGCCGCCGCCACCGCCACCCGAGCAGCUCCGCCAAUCCUCGAGGCCCGCGACGGGAAAGGCGCCGCUGAUAAGUAUAAGCGCGAUAGUGGGCGAGCUGCCGGAGGACUUGGAGCUGGCCGGUGGCGAGGAGGAGCCGACGACCACGGACACGCCCGACACGAGCAGCGAUUGCGCCCUCAUGAGCGAGCCGCUGACCCAGGCGCAGAGCAUGCCCGAGGUCGAGGAGGCGAGCGUGGUCGUCGAGGUGGUCGCAGUCGGAGCCGGAGCCGGAGCCGAGAAGAGAGAGGCGGUGGCGAACGUCGCCGAGGAGCCAAGCGCUGCGGCGGCCAGCAGCAGCGACCCACCCGGGGAGCAGCAUCAGCCAGAGCAGCUGCAGCAGCAGGACCAGAAGCCGCAAGAGCAGAGCCAAGAACGUCAGCAAGAGCAGGCCCAGCAGGCCGCCAACUCGGCCGAUCCACCGCAAGACAAGCGAGACAAUAAUGUUAACGAAGUUUGUCCAUGGGAAGACGAGGAAAAUUGUAGAGUGGACGCGCCCUAUGUAAAAACCUACGCGACCUUAGGCUACUUGUAAGUGCUUAUCUCAUCUUUCCACUUCAGCAACGACUUUGCCCAUUCGAUAUUUCCACUUUUCCUUCGUGCUCGUUGCUAAACUCGAGUGCCUCAAACUUUCGCGCCUCAACAUCUCAGUCGGUAGUACCUAUAACAAGCCAGAGCAGUUCACUUGCUCGGUACGACACUUGUAUCCGCGCGUUGCAGCCUCCAUUCGUCUAAUAACACGAUCAUUUUUCAAGCCAAAUGUCGACAAAUCUUAAUGAGAUGCCUUCGAAACAUGUGUUGAAUGACGAGCACACCUACAAAUACACACCCACACACGCACAACGUGUGUACGCGCGCGCAUGUGUGUGUAAAGAAGAAGUCAAACAGAGCCAAAAGAACACCACAAUAAUUUCAAAUGCAGAGCGAGAUGCAAUAGUAUGGCCUAAUAAAUUGAUAUUUUUCCGUCAAGUUCAUUAAAUGCGAAACGAGGCUAUUUUAUGAGAAAACAAAGUAACGAUGAAAAACAUAAGCUAAAUUUUGCAAAUCAUAUAUAUUUCGAUUUAAUAAUAAUAAUAAUAAUAAUAAUAAUAAUAACAACAUUAGUUAUCGUGUAUCAGAAAAUCAAUAAUGUGCUUUUUUGAAGAUAAAACAUACUAGAUUGAUAGUCUGUGACGAUAAAGUCUUUUAUUCAUCUUUCGGAAAUAGAAGUAAUUCUCGUCGUCUAUGUAGAGUAUUAUUGUGGUAUGUAACACAAUGUUUAGCUACUGUCGUCAGAGUGCCACGAGCUUUUGUAGCUUAACUCCAGUAGUUCGAGUGUUGUUUUUGUUGAUUUUUUUUUUCACGAAAAACAAGCGCACGGAUAAUAAUUGAUACGUAUAAGUCAUAGACAUAUUCAGCGAGUUGAUGUGAUUUUGGCGACAUUUCAGUGAAAUAUUUGACAAGUGCGUUUCAGAAGAUUCUGUCAUGAAUGAGCCCAACGACCAAUCUUCUGGAUCGCAUUUCGACGUACCACGUGUAGCGUUCCAUAUGUCUUUCUGCAUGUUUCCGUUGAACAUAUAUUUGAGUAAAUCGAAGUACGUUAAGUGUUAGUACAUCCUCGUUAGCAGUUUUUCUCGUGUCGUAAAUUGAUGGAUAAAAAAAUAGAAAAAUCAAUAAAAUAGAAACACGAAGAAAAGUUACGUCUCGGUGAUACGAUUAGAUAUAUAUAUAUAUAUAUAUAUAUAUAUAUAUAUUGCUAGAUGUACUGAAUUCGUUCAGUACGCUCUCUAGUUCGAUAUCGAUGUUGUUCACGUAUAUAUGACAUUCCUAUAUUGUCAAAACAUGAAUGUAAACUUAGUGUUGGUCGUAGCUAUUAUGAUCUAUCGUCUACUUUCCUUACAAGAGCUGUGACAAGAAACGGAGCUAGAGUCUAUCGACAGCGGCGAUCAAGCCAACGAUGCUGCGCGACAGUAUUUUAGUUUUCAAAUCGUAAUACGCUUAAAUUCAAAACGUGCGUGCGUGUGCGCGUGUCUAUGCGUGUAUAAUAUAUGUAUCCGAGUCAGAUAUAUCAAUUAAAACGAUUAAACUUUGAUAUCAGAAAUGCAAUGUAUUUUCUCUCUCUAUUUAUUAUAUGAGCAGAACUAAUCUUUUUACAUCUCAAAUGAACACGAACUUUCACGACAUUUCCUAUGCGACAACCGUCUGCGUCGAUAAAACUUGAAAAUUUGAAUGAAACAUCUGCUCGUUCAUUAAAUAUUUUCAGAUUAUAUGCAAUGUGCUAAUAUUGAAAGAUAUAUAAUAAAAUUAUAAAAUUACAUAAUUAUGCAAGUGGCUUAUUUAUUCAUAUAUAAGAUAAGACGCUUUGUAAAGCAAAACGUGCACAAUAUUAAACAACUAAUGCAUUCUACUUAAAUAAAACAAAUGCCACAUCCAAGGUAAAAUAAAAAUAGUAGCGUUAUUUUCGUUCUGAUGAACUUGAUGAAGAUUUAUUUAUUAGUCAGAAAGACAUAACUUAGAAAAUGGACAUGCGGAUACUUAACGGCAAUUUGGUCUUUGUCAAUGAAUGUGAAAAGAUCUGAAAAAUCAUGCGUUAGAAUAUAUUGAACUAGAGAACUUGCGAGGCACUUGAGUUUAGUGGCGUAAGGGAAAAGUAUAUUAUACGUAUAAGGUACUUUGUAAGAGCGAUACUCUCUAUUCGAGCUUGAGUUAAAUGUUCUUAUUGAUCAUGUAAAAACAAAAAUAUAAAAUAGAAAUGUAAGCGGUCGUUAGUUUAAAAAUUCCAUUACUGCUAAACGAAAAGACAAAAAAUUCAUACGAAGAAAGUGAUGUUCGACCGGCGGCUCCGGCACGCUUCUUUUCUUGGAUCAUUUCUCUGACCAGGCUACGUUGAGCAGUUCUAAAAUUAAACUGAAGAGAUAACUGAGGUGAACAUAAAAUUUUUGAAAGCAAAAGUUAACCAGUGCUUGGAAAAUCAAUCCAAAAGAUGAGAGAGAGAGAGGUCGUGCCGAAAUUUUCAAGACAUAAUAUUAGUGUACGUAAAUAUUAAGUAAAAAUAUAAGACGAGGCGAUAGACGGCGCUUAAGCAAGCGUUGAUUAUACGUGUUUAUUAUUUAAAAAAAACCAUUGUGAUUAGAAGAAGACGAACUUGUUAUAUAUUAUAUACAUACAUGUAAAGUCGUACCAAAUGAUAUUAUGCAACAAGAAAUUAUCGCACAUACAAGAGUUCGAGGGGGCACACACAAGUUUGUAAUAUACUCUUUUUUUUUUUCUUAUUGCGACUACUAGUUUGUUAAGCCUUCAAGUAUUUAAAAUCUUAUCCGAAAUGGAAUGAAAGAUUACACGAGGCAUUUUACAAAGGAAAAAUAAUAAUAUUCUGAUUAUUUGCCUUUUUCGCGGGCGAAUUUGUCAAUUUGUUACAAUUUAUGAGUAUUCUCAAGACUUUACGAUACUUUCAAUGUAGAGCACAGUGAAAACAGUUGUAUAUCCAUAACAUUGAUUUUGCUAAUUUCGUAUCUUCAUUGACUUUUUAGUAAGGUGAGCGUUCCGUUCAUUAGAUAUAAAGAGUGACUUAGUUAUUUUCAUUCUUCAUUUCAGGAAAUCUAUAAAUUCAGAUAAAAUUACUUUAAUUUUUAAAUGAAUACUACUUGGGGCUGAUCCGUAAAUAAAUCAAAUUGUACACUAGCUUUUGAGUUUAUAUGUAAAUAUUUACACGCAAACUUGAAAAUGUAAGGAAACAAUAAGUUAAUAACUUUUCUAGUCACUUUUAAUUGAAUACGUAAAAGAAUGAUACUUUGGUGGAUGUCACCGACAGUUUUCAUUGAAAAAAGACUGUAAAUUACGUCCUUUUUUAUUAAUCCAUCGCUGAUCUCUCAUUUUUUACUUUUUUUUUAAGUUUAGUCUAUUACAAACGAUAGACCUUCAAUGACAGGUUAAUCUAAUACAAUUGUUUGAGUGGAAUUUUCAGCGAUUAGCUGUUAAAAUCCGUGUUCUCUGAGUAACUUGAGAUUUUAGUUGUACGCAAUAUCUUCAAUCAAUAUCAAUCGCCGCCGUAACUAAUAAGCACAACUUCUGUAACGUACAAAUAAAAUGAAAUACAAUGUAUAAAUUACAAUAGUUGUCGGCAAAAUGAUUUGGUACAAAUACACGGUUAUCUCUCACACACGAUAAUUUACCUUUGAUUCAGAUAAUCUAAGCUGUAGGUGUUUAAUAUUCAUCAAAAGAAUAAAAUGAAAAUUGAAUCUUAUAUAUCUUAUAUAUUACAAAAUGAAUUGCGUUGGUUAAUGAUUAAUCGUAAUACAUUUCAAUGUGGAUGCGCAAAUGAAUAUUAAUUGUAUAGUUCAAUCGGAAGACUGAAAACGUACCUGAAGAAAUAUAUUACAGAAAAACGAAAAAAAAAAAUGAAGACGAUACAAGGAGGGAAAAGCCACAUGUGUUUAUCGCCCGCCCAUUCGUGUUAACGGUCAUCUUGAGUGUGCACCCUCGCUUUCUCCGAUUCAAUGUCGAACCGUAGAAAAGUUUGGAAAAACAAUACAAAAAUGUAAUUAUUGAAAAAAAAAAAAAUCAUUAGAGUAUCUCGCAGAUGUUGCAGUCACUCGGUCUCGAUGAAGCUUCUCUCUGCAGUGCGCGGACGAGGCGCAGAGAGGAAUGAUCUUACUCUGCCACGUGAAACGGACACACGUAGGUUUCGUGCACUCGAGCAAAUUGCUUGUUACCACGUGAACGAAAAAUUGAUCAAGCACAUUAAGAAAUUUAGGAAAAUUUGUGAUCUAACGUUAGCGGUCGCGGUGUGAAAGCGCUCGAAAGUUGCCUCGAUAUCUUUUAUUCGGAUUCGAAUUUGGCUGCUCCUCAUCAGUGGCUACAUUUACUGUUAUAUGUUAAUUCACAGUGCUUCAGGCUUUAAUCGUCUACCUAUUUUCUUGGUCUUUUUAAUUUAGAUUCUUUGUGCUUGACAACUGAUUGCAGGUCGCGAUCGAUUAUCAGGAGAACGACAGCCGAUGCUAAUAUAAAAUUUGUAAAAAUAUUUGUACGAUCGAGCAUAUUGCAGUGACGGAUCGCGCGAGAAAAAAACAAUGUAAAUUAUGCGCUAGAACGUGAAGGUAUUGUAUGGUUUGCGUUCUUUUCAUAUAUGGACAGCUUAAAAUGUAAAGAUGAUUAGUACGGCAGGCUAUGUGUUGUGAAUCGAACAGACAAACCACCGCUGAUAUUUUACGUCGAGCAUUAAAAAUAGUUUGCAAUGAUCGUACAAUAAAGAAAGUGACAUACUUUGAGAAGUGAAUAUAUACUCAAAAAGCCCUUAAAACUUAAGGGUUAUAGAUGAUCGUGUAGAGGUAAACAUAUAUAUAAAAAACGAAAAAAAAGAAAAACUGAUUUGCCGGCCUUUCCGCGCUUUAACGUCGCCCGAGCGCCAUUUGGUAUGUCUUCAGUUGGUGCCGAUUAUUACUGAAUGUUAGACAAAAGUGAUAAACGUAGUACUGAUAAUGCAAAGAGCAAAUUACGACGAAUACAAGGAGACAAUGCCGCGUCUCUCGCCUUUCAAAUUCUUCAAGGUCGUCGAAGAAGCUUCGUUUGAAUGAGCUUCAAACGGGUAGAGAGCUGUGUCAUGCGUAUCGUGUAUGCCGUCAAGAUUUGGGGCUGUGCCAGGGACGAGAUUGGCGCACUGAUACAAUAGUCGUAUAAGCAAAACAGAAUUAUCAUUAUAAUAACCAUUAUGAAUAUAUAGUUAUGGCAAUUCACGCAAGCGAUGUAAUUACACACGAUUAAAAAAAAUAAUACGUUAAAAUUGGUGUCGAGUAACGCGCUCGAAAAUAAUCUUGAACGCUAACGAGGUAAUGAGACCUGUAAGAAACUACAGACGUUACAAUUGUCUCGUACGAUAAAUCAAUAAUUCGGAAAUCAAGAGGCAUAGACGAAGAGGUAAUAUCGACAACAAAUCAGACGUUCACUUUGUUUCAACCAACAAUUGCGCAAAUGUCCAUGUGUAUGUCGAGUCCGUUAAUUUUUUCAGGUGCGUUCAAAUCGUUUCUCCGACAGCGGUAUUGUGAAUAAUAUUAUUGUAUGGUUACAUUUAUAAUGACAACUAAAAUCCAAGUAAGCAUUAUUAUUUAUUGUAUUACGAUGAUCAUUGUCAGUAUAAAAGUUGAUAUAUAAGUGCGUGUGCUGCGAACGAGUGAAAUGAGAGGGGAUAAAUUAGAAAAAAGAAAGGGAAGUGGAGUUGCGAUGAGACAAAGAAAGAGUGCAAGCGAGAAAGAUUGAGCGAACGGUAAUGAGAGUAACGAUGAGAUACGGACAUAAAUGAAAAAUGUUACUAGCUAGAUAGUGAAAAACAAAGAAACAAACAAACCGUUAUAGAUUAUAAAGGGCUUUAGUGUAUAUAGUUUUGUAAAGUGUUACUAGCGAUCGAGGAUACGUAGUUUUGAUCGCCUUUUUUGCGUCGGUGGCCCAAUCGUCGGCGCUUCUGAGAAAUCUUAUCGACGAUGUUACGAAGAUACUACAUAAUGUUUAUGAACGAUAGCGAGAAGAAUAUUAUCUCGACGGACAGUGAGACUUUGACAAUUUAAAAAAAGCCAUUUAAAAAGCGGGCAAACGUAGAUGAUAUUUGAGGAAGGGGGUGCGAGCGAGAGAUGACAACUAUUACCACAAACAAAACUGUUAUAUCGAAACGAUACGUUAAUAAUAAUCGAUUGUUUCAUUCAAACUGCUCAUGCAUACUGGGCUAUUAUUCAUCAAUGCUCGAGCAUUAUGCGAUAAUACGUCACUUAUGCAUCGAUGUGUAAGCUGUCAAAUAGAAUGUCCUAAAAUAAAAUAAAAUAGUGC